AUGGAGCAGUCCACGCCAAACUCCAUGGCUGGUCUACCUCAUUCUACUCAUGGUCCUCAAACCCCUGAGUAUUGGGGUAACCUAGACUAUGCUCAGCUUCAACAACCCCAGCAGUCCCUCGUCCAAUCCCAAACUCAACUCCAGCAACAACAACAAGGCCAGUCCUCACAGCAGGCACCGCAAGGAAUUACCUGGAACCACCCCAUUUUCCAACAGCAACAGACCCAGCAGCAACAACAACAACAACAGGGAAUUGCAACGGAACAACCCCAUAUAAUUUAUUCUUCUAUGAAUGAUUCCUGGCAUGCAAACCCGCUGCACCAGCCUCAGCCAGCCCACCAGCCAGCUCACCAUGUUGCUGGUCGUAACUAUGCCGUGACCCCAUCAUAUCCACCCCAUCAACAAUACGAACAGGAACAAAUGCCUUUCGAUUCACGCGUGCUAGCACCUUCAGAGAGCUCUGCGUUCCCACAAUACCCCUUCCAACAACAGCAAUACUUCCCGCAGCAACUCGCGCCACAGAGUUCAUUCACAGGUCAAUUGACACCACAACAGGCAAUCCAGUUACAGACUGCUCGUUUUGACAGCUCUUCUGGAUUUCCUCCCGGAAUGUUGAGUACUACAAUUGACCUCACCGAGGAUUUCCCAGCGCCUGGAUCAAGUCAUACCAUCGAUCCCCACUUCAUCAAUCCCAACCCAUUGUAUGGAUCGACGGAAUACGAAAGGCAGCCAAACGGAAGGAUGUUUGACUAUUUUCAAAAUAAUAUCUCUCUUCAGCCUCGGCUAGACGGUGCGCAGGACCUCAUGAUUAGAAAGCCACUUCCAGUACCCCAUGUGGUUAUCAGAUCAACUCCAGCUACCAAGAAGAAGCCCGCAGCAAAAAAGAUUGACCCCAAGAAGGCAAUGAACCCCAAAAUAGAAGUUGAGAGUGACGAUUCUGAUUACUCCGACUCGGAUAUCGAAGCCCCCGAUGAACUACCUCCUAUCCCAGUAGGCACUCCUCGUCCAACCGAGCCUGUGGCAGCAGCCGAAAACGACACAUUUCACAUCGUAUGGUCUCCACGAAAUAAACGCGUUCCGGCAGAUAAAUUCAAAAGUGCACUUGUUGCCUUCAAGGAUAUCAUCAAAACUCUACGUGAUAACUGGAAGGAUCAAGUUCAAUUGAUGAAGACAGCAGAGAACCAAGGAGAUAAUGAUAAGGCAGCUACACUUAAGCAAACUGUAUCUCUUCAGCGCUCCAUCAUGAAUAAAAUCAUGACCACCACUUUGGAAAUGGGCCACCCUAUCAUUGUUGAGAAGCUGGGCGAACAUCCUAUGGCCCUUGCAGCAGUCUAUUCGUUUCUGGCAGAUCGAUUCCAGGCUGCCGAUUACGACGGUUCUUUGUCAUUGAACAUUCUCAAGCUUCUCGCGCGAUUCGUCUCUGUGGAUCAGGAACUACUUCAGAAAACCAACCUUUCCAAGUUAUUACCUCGUUUUGCUAAGAAAGGCGGAUUGGUCAGCAAGGAUCUCGCCCAGAAAAUCAUUGACAAUGCUGAGGCAUCAACUAAGCGUAAGCUAUCUGGCGUCAAAUCUGGUAAUGAUGAUUCGCCGACAGUUGGAUCAUCGGGAGACUCAGUCAAGGCCGACACUGUUGGUCUUAAGCGUCCACGCGAUGGAGAGAGCAUUACUCAACCUGCCACGAAGCGAGCUGUUCUUAAUUCAAACCCGAAAGAUGCAAGCAAGACAUCUUUAGUGAAUGGCUUGGCCAAGCGCACCAUUCAUGGCACCCAGAACGGCAAGCCUGCCGCCGCAGCCAUCCCUCGCCCUAGACCCCAGAUUGUUGCUCCCAAGCCUUUGAGUGCUUUCGGUGUUUUGGCUGUUAACAAGAAACCGGGUACAAGUAAUGCUGAGCGGGCAGCGGCCGCAGCAGCUGCCGCUGCAGUUGCAGCAACUUCAAAAUCUGCGUAUAAAGAGAAAUCCGCGGUGCCUCAGCCUCAGCCUCAAACACAGUCUUCGUUUUCGUUCGGGGAUCUCCUAGCAGAUCUUGACAAGCCCAAAGAAAAAGUCAUCGCCAAGGUAGCCGAGGAUAAGCCGCCAGAAACCGAAGAAGAGCGAAAGAAGCGGCUACGUAAGGAGGAGCGGCGGAAACUACGUGUCACUUGGAGACCAGAUGACUGCCUUGAGGAAGUUAGACUUUUCACCCAUGACCCUGAUGAAGAACUGGGCCCCACAGAUGGGCGCGGCGCAGGAGAUGUCAAGGGAGAAGGCAGUGUUCUUAAGCUUCAUAAAGAUAUGGAAGAGCUGGAAGAAGAUGACAGAGAGACAAUCUUUGAAGAUUAUCGCCCGCUUUCAGACAUAAUCUUAGACGAAGUUAUGGAAGGCAACUUCAUUAAGCGUGGUGGCACUCAUAUGCCCACAAGCCCAGAGAAAGAAGCCCAGGAGCAUCGAGAGUUGAAUAGCCUCAUGGUCUUUUACGCUUCUCCAGCGGAUGUUCCCUCAACACCCAAGGAACCUACUGCUCCUGCUAUUGAGGAAAUUGUUUUGGACGAGCUUCCAUUCGGAGAAUUACCAGAUACCAUCAAGGCUCGACAGGAACGCUACUUUGCUUACAUGAGCUCAAAGACCACGAUAGUUCAACCUCCAGCCCAAUCCCAAGCUACUCCAGCGGCAGGUGGCUUCGAUCUCUCAAAUUUCCUAAAAAUCAUGCAAACUGGACAGCAAUCGGCACCCCCUCCACAACCCGUAUCAACACUAGAACAGACAGUCAACAUGCUCCGACAAAAUCAAUUCACCCAGGCUCCGCAGAUUCCAGCUCAGCCUGCAGCCGCGCCUGCUAUGGACUUCCAGGGAAUUUUGAAUAUUAUGAAACAAUUUCAACAGCCAGGUGCUGCAUUCCCCCAGCAACCGAUCCAGUCUGGCGUGACACCAAAUCUUGGGGCUAUAUUUUCUCAGUUUGCUGGCCAGCCUCAGCAAAACGGGGCUUCUCAGUCAAUGCAUCAUAAUUCAUCCUAUGAUGACACGUCUCGCAAGCGGGUGCGCGAGAAUACCUAUUACGAUAACGAAUACGAAAAGGAGAGCCACUGGUCCCGCCAGACACGCACCAGAUUAAAUGACCCAUCGGCUCCUCAACCUUACCGAACUAAGCGUCUUCCUUGCAUGUUCUACAACGAGGGCAGGUGCAAAAAGGGAGAGAACUGUACUUACCGCCACGACGUGUAA